AAGACUGAAACCCAAUAACCAGUUUAGGGUGCCUCGUAACUUCGUAAGUUUCUAUUUUGCAGCGUCGAACUCCCGCCGCCGCAGCGAGGAACCACCCAGCACGCCGUGACAGCAGCGCCCCCGGCAAACCAGAGGAUAGCGUCUUGCGACCAUUGCCGCCGGCAGUCGCUGUGAGCCCGUGAAGGGCCUGCGGGCGCUGCUAUUGCACUCGUCGGAGCUGGCAGUGCUGCUCAGCUGCUGCUUAUUGCUCGCCUGGAGAGGCAGUGGUGAGCAGUUGGAGGCGGAGCAGCCUGACUACUUUACUGGCCUCACCUCCGUCGUCGAUUUCGAACUCGUAGGCCCCCUCUCUGGUUCUUCGUCAAUCGAAUUCGCCACCCUAAAUCAGAUAUGGAUAUUGACGGAGAUGGCGAAGAGAUGUCGAGGCGAGUACAGGUGCGGUUUGUCACAAAACUGCAGUCUCCGCUGAAGGUGCCCUCGGCUUCCAUUGCCAUACCAUCUAACCUUACCAGGAUGGGUCUCUCUGCUGUCGUCAACAAUCUUCUCAAAGCUGGAAAUCCUGAUUGGUCGGUUGAACCCUUUGAUUUUUUGAUUGAUGGGGAGCUUGUGCGGAUGUCGCUUGAACAGUUUCUUCUUGCCAAGGGCAUUUCGGCGGAAAAGAUAUUAGAAAUUGAAUACGUAAAGGCAGUGGCCCCGCGAAAACAUGAAGAUCCUUCACUACAUGACGAUUGGGUUGCUGCAGUUGAUGGUUCUAUACCUGGGUUCAUCCUGACGGGUUGUUAUGAUGGUUUGGGAAGGAUGUGGAAAACAGGUAGAUUGUGCACACAUUUAUUAGAGGGACACAGUGAUGGAAUUAUGUCUGUUAGCAUCAUCAAUCCAAAAGAAAAUCUUACCAAUUUACGAAUUGCAACUGCUUCAAAAGAUCGGACACUCAGGCUGUGGAAGUUGAAUGUGGAGGAAAGCCUGAAUCAACCUAUGAAAGUUAGAGCAUUUAAAAUUCUGCGGGGCCAUAAUGCUGCUGUACAAAGUGUUGCUGCACAACCUUCUGGAGAUAUGGUAUGUUCAGGUUCUUGGGACUGUACUAUCAAUUUGUGGCGGACAAAUGAGUUUGAGUCAGAAGGUGAUCUGGUGUCAAUUAAGAAGAGAAAGGUCAAUGAUAAAGUUGAGGAAUCUCAGUCAGAGGGGGAGGCUGUGUCAACACUUGUUGGCCAUACACAGUGCGUGUCCUCUGUGGUUUGGCCUCAACAUGCAACAAUUUUUUCUACUUCAUGGGAUCAUUCUAUUAGAAGAUGGGAUGUUGAAACUGGCAAAGACUCUAUGAACAUUUUCUGUGGGAAAGCUAUCAACUGCUUAGAUAUUGGAGGAGAAGGUUCUGCUCUCGUUGCUGCUGGCAGUUCUGAUCCUAUUCUUAGGAUAUGGGAUCCUCGCAAACCAGGUACUUUGGCUCCUGUCUAUCAAUUCUCUUCUCAUACUUCUUGGAUUUCGGCUUGCAAGUGGCACAAUAAGUCAUGGUUUCAUUUGCUUUCUGCAUCUUAUGACGGAAAAGUUAUGUUAUGGGAUCUAAGAACUGCGUGGCCUCUAGCUGUCAUUGAUUCACACAAAGAUAAGGUUCUAUGUGCUGACUGGUGGAAAGGAGACAGUGUGAUCAGUGGCGGGGCGGACUCAAAACUUUGCAUCUCCUCUGAAAUUCCUGUGCAGUGAGGUGGUUUUAUGGCUCAUUUUCAAUCGCUGAAACUUUUUGAAGCUUAUUAUACCAUUAAUGCAUGGGUAAAAAGAUACAAGAUGGAGCACACUGCUUCCUGCAAUGAAUUGGAAGGUUUGAGCAAUCUGCUCUUUGUCAAGUGAGGGCUGAAUUGGAGGAUUUUGGUGUGAGUUUUCCUUUCAAACAGCUCUUCUAUUCAAGCAAGAGUCGGUUUACCCUCUCUCUCUCUCUCUCUCUCUCUCUGAGAGGAGUGAUUUUGUUGGUAGGACUUCAAAAUUUGUAUUUAUACAGACAUGCCUUAUGGUUUGUUGUUUUGAGGUAUGUAGUAGGUAGAGGCUGAAGAGGGAAGCAAAGGAAAAUUAAGAACUAAACUUUGUGAUAUUCCAUCUUACUUUAUUUGGUUUUCCCUGGUUAUAUAUUUCCUUUUUUUUUUUUUAAAUCUUUCCAUUAAAUCUAGAGCUGUAACUGACACUACUUUCAGAAAUAUAUGAGGAGUUCAAAUAUCUAAA